AUUGAAUUCAAUUUAUUAUAUUUUUUUGAAAAAAAAAUUGAUUAUGUCUAUUGAUCUGAUCAUAAAUAAUAAUCAAUUACAAUUAUGUAAUAAUUUACAUGAAAGAGAUCAUGUCUCAUUUAUACAAUCGAUUAUAUCAGUGAUACUAUUAAGUCUCAUAUGUUUAUUAGGUAUUAUUGGAAAUAGUUUAGUGAUUAUUGUUUAUUGUAUCAAACCUAAACAUUAUACUAAUCGUUAUAUGAUGAAUCAUCAUACAAUCAUAAAUAGUAACCAUACUACUACUACUAAUAAUAAUAAUAAUCCCUUGGAUACUAAAAUGACAAAAAAAUUUGGCACUCAUUCAAUUUCAUUGAAAUCAUAUAAAUUACCAUUAUAUAAAAAUAAAUUAAAUCAGCAUAAUUUAAUAUUAUUAUUGGCAUUUAUUGAUUUAUUCACAUGUGUUUUCAUAUUACCAUGGGAUAUAUAUCGUGUUGCUAAUUAUGCCUAUGAUGAAACUAUUCCUAACUUAUCUAUAAAUAAUGAUAAUAAUAAUAAUAAUAAUAAUAAUCUGAAUGAGAAUAAUUCUUCUGGAUACCAUAUUGAUAUAAAUUCUAAUAAAGGAAUCUAUAUAAAUUAUCAAUUAAAUAUGAUAUUAACAUUAUUACGUAAUAUUAUAUUGCAUGUGAAGGUAGUGUAUUAA